AUGGCCUCGAUAUCGAUACGACAAGGCACACCCGCCGACGCAUCCUCCAUCGCAGACGUGCAUUACCGCGCGCAGGAGAAAUACCAUGGGUUUUACGGAGCCUUUUUCGUGAAUAGCCCGAGGGAGAUUUUGACGCGAGCGACGGGGUUUGCGGUGCGGAGGAGGGAGAAUGUUUAUUUGGUUGCUGUUGAUGAUGCGGACGGGAGGGUUGUUGGGUUUGUGAGGUAUGCUGUUAAGGGAGAAGAAGUGAAAGGGACUACUGCCGAGGAGGGGGAGGGUGUGGAGAGAGAUGAGGAUGAGGAAGAGGACGAGGAAAAGGUUGGCCCGUCGUUGUUUGCGGUCAAGGAGCAUUUGAAGGCGUUGUGGGAGGAGUUUGAUGGGAAGCAGGGUGCUAUGGAUGAGUGCUAUGAGAAAGCCGCCAAUGGACGGAGACAUAUCUAUAUUAAUCACUUGAUGAUUGAUCCAGCAUACCAACGCAAAGGCAUAGGCAGACAACUCCUCGCCGCAGUCCUAGAGAGGAGUGAUGAGGAGGGGAUUCCGGCGUUUUUGAUGUCGUCUGCUGAGUCGAGGGGGUUGUAUGGACAGAUGGGGUUUGGGAUUCUGGGGACGUGGAGGGUUGAUAACGGGGCUUGGGCGGGGAGGAUUGUGGAGGUUGAGAGGAGGAUGGGGAUGGAUGGGGAUGAAGGGUUGGUGGAGGAGUAUGAGGGGGUUGGUGAGGUUGAGGAUGUUAUGGUGAGGUGGGCGAGGUGA